UUUCCGCCUUUCCGAAAAAAAUCAUACUGAGGGCCACAUAAACUACAUCUGCAGCAAAGUCACGUCAAGGCGAUUUGAAACUGAGAAAUCUCCACUAAUUAACCUCAACAUGUCCAAGAAGAGAAAAAUUGAUGCGCGAGGACGGCAGUUUCACGAACAAUGGGAGAACGAAUACAUGUUUGUACUUCGAGGUGAAAAACCAGUAUGUCUUGUGUGUUAUGAGGCGGUGUCAGUUGUGAAAGAGUACAAUCUACGUCGGCAUUUUGACGGAGCUAAGUAUGGUCAAUUUAGCCUCCAAGAAAAACAAAGAAUUGCAGCAGAAUUAAAAGGCAAACUGCAGUCGCAGCAGAAUGUGCUCACAAAAGCUACAGCCAAAAAUGAUGCUGCAGUGAAAGCUAGUUUUAUUGUGGCGGAAGAAAUCGCCCGAACUUCAAAGUCUUUUUCAGAGGGUGCAUUUUUGAAGCAGUGCAUGCUAAAGGUGUGUGAGCAGGUGUGUCCCGACCAGAUACAAAGUUUUCAAAAUGUCAGUUUGUCAAGAAACACCAUCACGGACCGAGUUAAGGAAUUAGCGGGAAAUUUAGCAACACAGCUGGCCGAAGAGACACACAGCUGUCUAUCUUUUUCAUUAACUGUGGAUGAAAGCACAGACAACAUGGAUACAGCGCAUCUAUCCAUUUUUAUUAGAGGCAUGAAGCCAGACCUCUCUGUCACUGAGGAGCUCUUGGAUGUAGCUGCCAUGCAUGGGACCACAACGGGCCGGGACAUUUUUGAUGCAGUGGAGAAGUCCGUAAGUAAAAAUAAAUUGCAAGUUGGUGAAAAGUUGGUGGGACUAACUACAGAUGGUGCACCUGUGAUGUGUGGAGGAAAAACAGGCUUGGUUGGACUAAUGAAGGAGAAAUUGCAAAAAAGUAACUGUCACACGCCCCUGAUUACGUAUCACUGCAUUAUCCAUCAAGAAGCUCUGUGUGGAAAGGUUCUGGAGCUGGAUGAUAUUAUGACCACGGUCAUGAAAACAGUGAACUUUAUUCGGGCGUGUGGCCUGAAUCACCGCCAGUUCCAGCUGUUCUUGCAGGAGGGGGGCUCAGAGCAUGGAGAUAUGCCAUACCAUACAGAAGUUAAGUGGCUGAGUAGGAGCAAAGUCCUCAAACGAUUUUUUGAGCUGAGAGAAGUAAUUGCUCUUUUCAUGCAGAGCAAAGGAAAACCCUUGUCUGAACUAUCAGAUCCAAACUGGCUUUGUGACUUUGUUAUGUUAUGUUACUUAACCAAGCAUCUGGCUCAGCUGAAUCAGAAACCGCAGAGACGUAAACAAGUCAUCACACAGAUGUCCGACAUGAUCACAGCUUUCCAGCGUAAACUCGACCUCUGGAAGUGUCAGGUGGAGCAGGACAAUCUCGCCCACUUUCCUAUUUGUCAGAUCAUCUCAGCCUCAGUUCCUGGUGCUUUUUCAUGUGCUCGGUUGACUACCAAACUGAACCGGUUAAUAAAUGAGUUUGAUCAGCGCUUCUCUUACUUUAAAGCGCAGCACUCGGGUUUUGACAUCUUUGCCAAUCCUUUUACCGCCGACAUCUGCAGUGUGCCCCAUAACCUUCAGAUGGAGUUAAUUGAGCUUCAAACCGAUAGUGGCCUAAGAGCCAAGUUCCAGGAUGCUGCAAACGAGGACUUUUACCGUCUACUGCCCCCUGGUUUGAUGCCACAGCUCCGACUUCAUGCUGCUCGUAUUCUGUCCAUGUUUGGGAGCACCUAUCUGUGCGAACAGAUGUUUUCACUAAUGAAUUUAAACAAGACCAAGCACAGAUCACGCAUUACCGAUGACAACCUCCACGCUGUUUUGCGGAUUGCCUCAGCACAAGACCUAAAACCAGACAUUGACACUCUGGCCAGGGGAAAACGGUGUCAGACAUCCGGCCAGAAAACAUAGGUAAGCAUUUUUAAAAACCUGAAUUAAAAUAGAAUGCAUUUAAACCAAGACUAAGAACAGUAGAAUAUGUGUACAAUUUAAUGAUUGUGCUUGCAUUUUGUUUUGUGUUUGUUAUUUCCAGAACAUGUUGUGUGAGAUGGUGUCUCAGGGUGAGGACGGAUCUACUUGAUGUGUUCAAGGACAGGCAGCAUCACCUCAUUGUUGUUCUUUUUGUAAAAUGCUACUUCUGUAAUACAUGUUGGUUGUGCCAUAGUUCUGCCCCACCCAGCUUGACUAUGUUGAAUAAAAGUUCUGAAUGAA